UAAUUAUCACGUAGGAGUCGAGUCACUCGGCUCAGUACAGUUGAGCAGUCAACAUAUUCAAAAUGUUUCUCUUUAUUUGUUUUUGUCUCACCAGCUUGGUAUAUGGCGCCGAAUUCACAUUACCAGGGGAAUGUCCUGACGUGAAAAUACACGAUAAACUAGAUUAUACGAAGUUUUCAGGGCUCUGGUACAACGUGGCAAGCUAUGCCAGCGAUGGACGCAACAUCUACGACUGUGCGUCCCUCGACUUCCAAGAAGACAACCUUGGUUACACCUUGAGAGAAACCUAUGUUGACAUGGAUGGAGGGAACAGAACACAGAAGUCGUAUUUCGCUAGGGUUGACCCUACGUUUGAUGCUGGUAAUAAGGCACAAUUCAUAGUCAGCCAUGAGGACGGAGAUAAAGUUCUUCAAUUCCCCUUCUUCAUACUGUCUACAGACUACGACACAUACGCCAUCGCGUAUACCUGCAAAACUUUGAAGAAGAAACUUCGUACACACUACGUUUUCACAUGGGUUCUGUCGCGUGCCAAGGAGCGCCUACAAGGGGAUACUCUGAAAAAUGUGGAAGAUUCUUUGUCAAAAUAUUCAGAAUUGGCGGAACACAGGAAAUCAUUUGUUCUGAAGGACUUUAGCGAUGAAUCUUGCGCGUUCACUAACAAAUUCGAAACCGAUUUCUUUACUAGUAACUUCUGGUAAAAUAUUAAAUGAUUAAAAUAUU